GGUGCGCAGAGAAAGUUUAAACUGUCAACAAACUGGAACAGACAUUGUGUGUUCAGGCUCUUGCUACCUUAUGUAAACUCGUCUUUCAGAUGUGAGAUUUCUCGGAGGACGUGAAGAUAUGUAGAAAUUCUGAGUUGUAGAUAAAGCAGAGCACGGGCAUGGAGAGCCACGCUGUGUCGGUGUUGGACAAACCCGCGGCGGAGCUCACGGUUGUGGAUGUGUAUGAGAUAGCAGCGGUGCUCGGCCAGGAGUUUGAGCGGAUCAUAGACAGGUUUGGGUGCGACACUCUCGUCGGAUUGGUGCCCCGAGUGGUGCGUGUCCUAGAGCUUCUGGAGGCACUGGUGGGCCGCGGAUCCACCGGGCAAGAGGCCGAGGAGCUGCGGAGGGAGCUGGAUAGGCUGCGGCAGGAGCGGAGCGACAGACACGAACAGGAGAGGAAGCACCAGAAGGAGUUGGAGCUGCUGGAGGAUGUUUGGAGAGGAGAAGUCCAGGACCUGCUUUCUCAAAUCGCUCAGCUUCAGGCAGAGAACAAGAGGCUGCUGGUGAGCCUUUCUCUUAAAGAGUCCCCAGUCACAGAGGAAGACCUGCAGAAGCAUGAGGCAGGAAUGUCAGAGAAAGAAAAACAAGUGAUGAAGAAACUUCAAGACUUGGUGGAUAAACAGAGAGAUGAAAUCCGGGCUAAAGAUCGUGAGCUGACACUAAGAAAUGAGGAUGUCGAGGCGCUCCAGUUGCAGCAGCAUCGGCUGAUAAGGAUGAACCAGGAGCUUCUUCACAGGACAGGUGUGAUGGAGGCUCAGGGCAAGACCCUGAUUCAGCAGAGGGCUGAGCUGGAGGCUGCAGCCCAGACACACCACCAGGAACUAGGGGCUCUGCGGCUGGAGGUCACGAGGCUGAAAAAGGAGCUGCGGGAGUUGGAACUAGAGAGAGAAGUUGCUGAAAUAGAAGAGUUGCCUCUGCCAAACUCUGAGAUUCCUUCACCUACACCACCACUGAGGACUUCUUCAGCAGCAGCACUUUCUAACUCCUUAAAACCAAAUUCGGUGUGGGUGGAGUGUGGAGGAGACCCAGACUUCAUGGAAAACUGCUUUGAGUGUGACAAGAGUCUUCCCUUUCUCCCAAAGUCAGCAAACAGAGAGGAUAAUGAGGAAGAGGGAAAUGAAGAGGAGACUUCAACAGCAUUGUUACUGAAUGGAUCGCCCGAUGCAGAGCCAGAGGAGGAGGAGUCGGACAAGCCUCGUUUCACCCUGCAGGAGCUGCGGGACGUCCUGCAGGAGAAAAAUGAACUCAAAGCCCAAGUUUUUUUUCUGCAGGAGGAGCUAGCAUACUAUAAAAGUGAUGAGCUUGAGGAGAACACCAGUCCCAUUGUCUCUACUCCGUCUCCUCCUCCGUCCUUGCCUCCUACUGAUCAGCGUGAAUCAGGAAUAAGACGCUUGAUCUUUACAGCCAUUAUGCCAAUGGUGGCAGCCGGUUUGAUCACGGACGAUCCCACAUUGUUGCCGAUCAGAAGACUUUCCUUCGUAUGACUUUGAGUUUAAAACUUUUUUUUUUUUUAAACCAUGCCAUCUCAACGCCAGUUUUCUAACCUCCACAUUUACAAAUGGGUUUAACAGCUCCAAUCAUCAGUUUUUGAAAACUAAACCUAUCUUGUGGUUUUUACAUUGAAAACUGUGGCUAUUUAACCACUGAUAUCAACUUUUAUGAUAGUACUUGCUUUUAUUUUUUUUUCUAGUUUGAGCUUUACAUAAACUUCAGCAGUUUAAAUGUGAGACAAAUGGCCAUACCUGGACAUUCUCAGGUGUUAUCAGCUCAUAUUUUAAGGUCACCACUUGUGAGUGCUUCACUUUAUGCAGAUCUACCAAGGGAAAGUGUUGAUGCUGCACAUGUCAGAUACUUUUGAUUAGCUUCUUAUUGCAUGGCUUGAUCCAAACACAUAUGGUAUAUGCACAAUAUUUGUUGAGCCUAUAAACUGAACAUCUUGUCUGGUUCAUGCUGAGAUGUAUCUGAUGGGAAAUUGUGGCUCAGUUGCCCGAGUGUGGGAUCAAGGUGCAGAUGAUCAUGUGCCUUUAUUCUCCACUGAGAAACUGGAUGAGCUCAUCAUGUAAAGGCGUUUCUGCCGAUCACUACAGCCUGGCACCAAGUGUUGAGGUGUACACUGGAAAUCAAUCUCCAGGAGAAGUAUAUUCCAUCAUUAAUGAAUACUAUAUGAAUACAACUACUGGUAUGUGCCAGGAUGC